GUGGAGGCCAAUGAGAACAGAGCUGACGGCAAACACACGCCGACCCCUCCCAAGUCGGGCGCCGGUAGCGGUGGUAGACCUGAGGCAGACUCCCGGAGCCCAGCGACCAAAUCGUCGGCUAAAAAGAAAGGACCUAAAAAGUGGGUGCCCUUAGAGAUACCACCCCCUCCGCCGCCAUCGAAACCACACCGGACUAAAUCCCAGUCCACUGCCACCGGUGGGGCGCUCCGCGAGCGACAGGAACGGGACCUCCCGGGCCACGGAGACCGUGAGCGCCGGCCGCCGCGAGACAAACCGCGUGAGGACCGGUACCACCAGUCGUCCGGCGCCGAGAACUACCAUUCGGACGACCACUCGAAGGGUGGGCCUGGCGGUGGUGGUGGAGAGCGUGAGCGCACCGGUAGU